AUGAGUCAACUCCGUCUGCGUGUCGAGGGACAAUCAUUUCGAGAUCCCCUGAAUCGAGAAGUGAUCUUGCGGGGAAUCAAUGUCGCAGGCGACGCCAAAUAUCCUAAAACCCCGGAUCUCAGAUCGCAUAACGUCCAGGAGUUCUUCGAAGAGGAUGUAUCGUUUGUGGGAAGGCCGUUCUCCCUAGAAGAUGCCGACAUUCAUUUCCAACGCCUCCGAGACUGGGGGUACAACGCCAUUAGAUAUAUCUUCACUUGGGAGGCAAUCGAACACGCCGGUCCUGGGAUCUACGAUGAACAUUGGAUCGAUUUCACAAUUGGAAUUCUUCGUAUCGCCAAGCAAUACAAUUUCUACAUUUUCAUGGAUCCGCAUCAGGAUGUAUGGUCUCGAUUAUCCGGGGGAUCCGGAGCACCUACAUGGACGCUUUAUGCCGCAGGACUAAACCCCAGGAGUUUCAAAAAUACACAGGCAGCCCUCGUUCACAACACGUGGGACAAUCCCGCAGAGUUCCCAAAGAUGCUUUGGUGUCGAGAUUUCGCCCCGAAGGCGAUCAUUGAUGGUGUGAAUAUUCAAGAUUAUUUACAAAGCCACUUUAUUGCAGCAUGCGAAUAUCUUGCGCAUAGGAUCCAGAACGCUGGUGAUCUUGAAGGGGAGGUGGUAAUUGGGUGGGAAAGUAUAAACGAACCGCAUAAAGGGCUGAUCGGAACUCGAGAUAUCUCUUCAAUCCCAUCAGAGCAGCACCUCCAGGUUGGGACAUCUCCAACUGCGUUUCAGGCUAUGCUACUCGGCUCCGGGCGGUCAUGCGAGGUAAAAACCUGGUCCUUUGGAAAAUUUGGCCCAUACCAGACAGGCACCGAGAUUAUAGAUCCAAAAGGGGAACAGGCAUGGCUAUCCGCUGAAUACGAUGACUGUCAAUAUGGGUGGCACCGAGAUCCGGGCUGGAAGCUUGGUGAAUGUCUCUGGGCGCAACAUGGAGUAUGGGAUUCAUCUAAAAGCAAGCCCACCCUGCUAAAAAAGGACUACUUUUCAAGAAACCCACAGACUGGAGAGAUUCUUGACUACGAACGCUUUACAAACUCAUACUUUAUGAACCACUACCGAGCGUACAAGGAUGCCAUUCGCAACGUGUGUGGGAGUACUAUCAUGUUUUGCCAGCCACCUGUCAUGGAGUUACCACCAACUCUCAAGGGAACCCCCGAUGAUGAUCCGAACAUGGUACACGCCGCACACUUUUAUGACGGCCUCACUCUUUUAACGAAGCACUGGAAUCGGCUCUACAACUUGGAUGUUAUCGGGUUACUUCGGGGCAAGUAUCUUGCGCCAGCCUUCGCAAUCAAAAUCGGCGAGAAAUCAAUUCGGAAUAGUCUACGUCGUCAACUCAGGUUUCUACGUGAUGAAAGUCUGGAACAUAUGGGCAACCAUCCCUUACUCUUUACUGAGAUUGGAAUUCCCUAUGACAUGGAUGAUAAACAUGCAUAUAAGACUGGAGACUACCGGAGCCAGAUCCGAGCAAUGGAUGCCAACCAUUUUGCGUUAGAAGGUAGCAAGGCCAACGGGUUUGCCUUGUGGGUUUAUACUGCAGAGAAUGACCAUGAAUGGGGCGAUCAGUGGAACGGGGAGGACCUUUCCAUAUACUCACAAAAUGACGUGAAACUACCUGUUCCAGCAUCAUCUGGUUCAACCAGGUCUGAUUCCACAGGGUGCUCUAAAGAUCAUCUUAUCAAUGUUGAAGAGGAGAAAUCUGGCUCGCUGAAUGCUUUGACACCACCCUCCACCUCGCAUGUUUUCCCCCAUGCCAUCCUGCAGCCACAAAAGAGCCACAGGGCAGUGGAAGCAUGUCUUCGCCCCACUCCCAUUUACACGAAUGGGCAUUUAGAAAGUCAUACUUUUGAUUUGAAGAAGUGUACGUUCACCAUGAGAUUGAGAGCAAAUCUGGCCGCGCCUCACACCCCGAGUGAAAUAUACCUCCCAGAAUAUCAUUUUCCAAUGGGAGAUACCGAGGUUACGGUGAGUGGAGGUACAUGGGAAAUCUGCAUUCUGGAAUUCCAUACGGUCAAGCUGCAAUAUCUGCGAUGGUGGCAUGGCCAAGGGACAGUGGAGAUUAAGAUCCGAAAGAUGAAACGCAAACCCAACUCACAGGAAUAUGCCGCUUUGCAAAAGCUCCAAAGCAGUCGAUGCAUGAUGAUUCUUAUCAGAUUCCUACCAAACAUCAUCACUUUCAAACCCAUCCUCCACAAAUUGGGCGACGCCUUCGAAAUAUCCGACCACCAGAUUAUGGCGAUUGACCACACCAUCCCCGAAGGGCAAUCAGCUCAGCCAGAAACCGAACAUCUCCUCGCCGCAAAUACCACAAUGCCACUCUUCCGCACAACGGGACGGACGAUACGCUCAGCCUCGGUCAGCACAGUUACGAGACUUCUCGAUUACAAUCCCUCCGGUGGAAUGUGGCAAGCGACCGGGACAGCUAUCGCACACGCUCCAAAUGUGAAGGAUCUCAGAUCGCCUGACGAUGUUUUCUUCGAUGUGCACGGUCGAGGUGUAAGACGUGUCAGCACGCAAGAUACAGUUGGCGGUGCGAUGAUUCGGAGAGCGACAGCGCCUGCGAUAGAACUUGGAGUAUUGCAGGAUGAGAAGGAUAUAGCUGCACCUGUUGAAAGCCAUUCUGGAUCUCAACUCGAUCACAAUCAAAGCUAUCAAGACCACAUUGCUCCAAAGGUGUCCUGGGGUACCGCUAUCAAGAAAGGUGGUAUUGCAGCAUGGAGAUUCAUUAUUACACCUACAGGCUUUUUUAUCAUGAUUUAUGGUCUCAAUGUCAUCGCUUGGGGUGCCAUGUUAUUUUUCCUCAUGCUGGGCGUCGGCUCAAUGAGCAAAGAACGCAAAGAAAUAUGGAUUGAGAUUGAUUCCCAAAUUCUCAAUGGGUUGUUCUGUCUUACUUCUUGGGGACUGGCGCCGUGGCGUAUUCGCGACACAUAUUGGCUGCUGAUGUGGCAUUUCGGUUCGGCCAACAUAUCCAAGAAAUCGAUAAUGCAUCUGGCAAAGCGAAAUUCGAGCUGGUAUAGAAUGCGGGAUUUUGAGGAUCCAACCUGCGAUGAAAUGCUUCGUGAGACACUGACGGGCAAGGUUGCUCCACCUACCAAGUCAUGGAAAAUGGACUUUGUCGUGAUAAACAUGUUGUUAAAUAGCUUGUUCCAAGUUGGAAUGGCGACAUUCAUGUGGGUGUACAACCGCCAUAAUCGCCCAGCCUUCGGAGUUGGCCUUUUCAUUGGUCUAGGAUGUUUCAGUUCACUUUUGGCGGGACUAACAUCAUGGUGGGAGGGGCGAAAGGUCAAGAGGAUCGAGGGUGCUUUCUUUGAAGCGAUACCAGAGAAUGAGAAGGAGGAGCCCAUAGAUAGAUCAGCCUAA